AUGGUUUUCAUUCUCGGUGUCAACUUCCCCGAGCGCAACCUCGUCAAGGCAAGCAUCAACCUCUUCCCCCGUCCACCCUCCUCGGCCCUCGACUACGUUCCGACCUCGUCAACCCUCCUUGCCCGGUUCCAUAUCCACCCAACAUGCAAGGUUAGCGAACUGGCCAACAAGCAGGUCCUGGAUCUCACGGCUGCUCUGUCCGAUAUGAAAAUCGAGAACGACCUCCGGCGAAACGUCCUCGACAACAUCAAGCGGUUGAAGGAGAGCGGUACCUACCGUGGUAGACGUCACGCGCUGGGAUUGCCGGUCCGGGGUCAAAGGACAAGAACCCAGAUCAAGACAGCAGUCAAGCUGAACCGCAUGGAGAGAAGAAUGUAG